UCGAUCUGCUCAGACAGCUACUCCAACGUGAGUUUAUGGUUUUGACCACUUCGGAGUUCGGACAAAGCGAACUUGCUCUUUGCGCUUUUUUUUUUUUUCCUCGAGAAACAAACGGAGUAGAGAAGAAAACAAGAAGCAAAGAGGAUGCUGCUCUCUACAUCUCUGAAUUCACUCGCCGUAAUCCCCAAAGCCUCUCCAUCUAAAAACCCAAUAAUCUUCAACCUCCUCAAAACUCCAUCAUUGAGAACUCGCCUCAAAGCCAACCCCAUUUCGAAAUCCUCUUCUCUUUUUACUAAACCAUCCAGAAUCAGACCCAAGACCCAAUAUUUCCAAAGCCCCAAAAUCCAUGCUCUCUUCACCGGCAUCGUGGAAGAAAUGGGUGAAAUCAAGCAAUUGGGUAUGGCGGAUCAUGGCGGUUUCGAUCUCAAAAUACACGCGAAAACCGUUAUAGAAGAUGUUCACCUCGGUGACAGCAUUGCCGUUAAUGGAACUUGCUUAACAGUGACGGAUUUCGAUACCCUUUUGGGAGAAUUCACGGUGGGGUUGUCUCCUGAAACCCUAAGGAAAACUUCAUUGAGUGAAUUGGAACCCGGGUCAUUGGUGAAUUUGGAGCGGGCUAUCCAGCCCACAGGCCGGAUGGGAGGCCAUUUCGUGCAAGGGCACGUAGAUGGGACAGGGGAGAUAGUGGGGAAAGAGGUGGAAGGGGAUUCAUUGUGGAUUAAGGUUAAGGUUGAUAAGAGUUUGUUGAAAUAUGUGGUGCCCAAAGGGUUUAUAGCUGUGGAUGGAACUAGUUUGACUGUGGUGGAUGUGUUUGAAGAGGAACUUUGUUUUAAUUUUAUGUUAGUUGCUUAUACACAGCAGAAAGUGGUGAUUCCCUCGAAGGAAGUUGGGCAAAAGGUGAAUUUGGAGGUUGAUAUUCUUGGCAAGUAUGUAGAGAGGCUUCUCAGCAGUGGUUUUGUUGAUUCAAUUAAAGGCUUAUGACAUGCAGAAAUGAUAAAGGUGCUCUCGACAUCAGUGAAACGUGUAGUAAAAUAUUUCAAAUUCCAGAAUCCAGAGGCAACAGGUUUCAAAUAUUUCAAUUCAAUAAAGGGUGCUUUUGCCUGGGGCUGACCUCCAUAACUAAAACUUCCCAUUCAAGAUCUUGAAUUAAGUCCACUCCUUCAAUUGACAUUCAAGUAAAGUUGCAGUCAUCUUGGCACAUGUUUUUGUUUUUGAAUAAAAACUAGAAUACUGGUUUAUUUAUGGAGAUGAAAUGGAUCAAGAGAUGCAAAUAAAGCUGCUUUUUAUGUUUUCUUUUGCUAUUUAUUUAUGAGAAUCUAAAGUGAUUGAGAUGGUACUGCAUUUUUUUUUCUUAUGUGACUUUUUGCUGCAAUAAUGCAG